ACUCUCAAAUAUACAGGUUAUGCUAAGAAUUACAUAGAGUACAGUAGUAUGGAAUGCCGGAAUAUCUUGAGAUUCAAGCAAGGAAGUAUUCAAUUUGUAAUAUCUGUGAUACUUGGAUGGUUUAUGAGCGAAAGAAUAUUGAGUAUUGAUAAAGGAUCUCAAGUAUCAUUUAAUUCAAAUUCUUCUUUUUGUGAUCCAUGUCGUCCACUUGUGUGCCCAUCUUGUGAAAAUCAAGGUCAUCUAUUGCGUAAUACACGAAACUUGAAUGUGGAGAACAGCUAUUUUCGGACGUAUCCAUACAAACCACAAAAUGUUGCAGAAGACAUUCUCUCAAGAUGGAGAUACGUGACGAAAAAACACAUGUUUGAGAAUAUAAAUGGGGAACCUAGGGUGGGGUUGAAUGGCAUGUGGCGAGAAGAACGAGAGUCUAUUGAGAAGUUCGUUACUAAUUAUGGAUCAUCUAGAAACGACAGUUUUAAGAGUAUGCUUCGUAAAACUGAUCCAUUCUAUGGAACUAUAUAUCAUGUUAAUGUUGAAAAAUCAGAACCAUCUGGUAACGAAAUUUUACAGAUUCGCAGAGGUUUUCAGGGCAGUAAACCAAAAUUGAUUGAUAUAUCAUUAGUAGAAGAACGUGAAUUGGUUACUGUGAUAUCACCUGUUAUGAAAGUUUCUCAACGGUUUCAUGCUUUUCUAAACAGAUUUGAGCAUGAUAUUUUGAGGAACUCAAGAGAUGGGUCUGGCAAUGUGAAACUUCUCUUUGUGAUAUUUCAACCUGCAAAAGAAGAUGAUAGUUCAAAAGAAGUUUUAAAAGUAUUGGAUAAUUUCAAAGCAAAAAAUCCCCAUGCGUUUGUUGAGCAUAUUCUUACAACUGGAAAAUUCAGUCGAGCUAUGGGAUUACAUCUUGGUGUACAAAAAUGUUCAGAUAAUGAUUUGAUGUUGUUUUUGGAUGUUGAUUUGAUUGUAACUGAUAAUUUUUUCAACAGGAUACGUCGAAAUACUAUUCAGAAUAAGUCUGUUUAUUUUCCUGUCACUUACUCUCAAUAUGAUCCAAAUAUUAUUGACGAAGCAGCUAAAAUUGAUGGAAUUUCAUCUGAGAUAUGCCAAAAUAAAAUUUCAAUAAAUGAAAGCACAGGGUACUGGAUACAUUAUGCUUUUGGCAUAACAUCGAUGUACAAAUCGGAUUAUAAGAAAGUUGGUGGUUUUAAAUUGGACAUUGAAGGUUGGGGAGGUGAAGAUGUAGACUUGUAUAAAAAGUUUAUUUCUGACCCUGACAUUGAAGUUUUUUCAGCUGUAGAUCAAGAUCUUAUUCAUGUUUAUCAUAGCAGAGGAUGCGACCCAGAUCUGCCUCACGAUCAAUAUCGAAUGUGUGUUGGAGCAUGGGCAGAAACAUUGGGUUCGCAGAUGGAAGUAUCUGCUUUGUACUUAUCUAAAACUCAAUAACUUUAAAUUUCCAUUAUAAUUGAAGUAUUGCAAAGUAAAUUGCAUAGUAAUAUGAUUUGUAUUUAUUGCCGUAAAUGAAAUUGGUAUCAAAUCUAAAAGCUUGGAGAACAUUAAUUUGAAAAAUUCAAAAGGAGGUAUUCAUAUUCUGCUGUUCAGAUAACUGAAUUAGGACUUGUGUUCAUUCAAUCUAAUGAGACAAUACCAUAUCUAUUAAAAUGUAAUUAAGCAUUGGGACCAGGCUUUUCAUUAUUUUUAUCAAGCUACACAGUUCGCAACUCCGAAUUUUGUAUGUCUUUUUAUGGGUUGGUUACUAUGUUGACUAUCUGUCAUUCUUCAAUCAUGUAUCUUCAAUUGAAUCUUAACUUAAUAUUAUUGAACAUAAUACAUUGGAUUACUCUGAAAAAAGUUUUAUAAAAGUUUUAAUACAGUUCUAACAAUUUUUUUCUAUUUGACAGCAACUGGAGGGAUGGUCUGCAAUAAAUUUCUGUUAAAAAAAAUCAUUCCUAGCAAUUAUUUCUCAAAACACUAAAUAAUAUAACACCUGAAAAUGGGUAUUGAAUAAUGAAUACACUAUAAUGCACUAUUUAUAACUCUCUAUACUGACAUUAUUACUCGAUAUAAUUAUACAACAUAAUUACAGGUUGGUUACUAAUUAUCAUUUCUCUCAAUUUCUUAUAACCACAUGUGAAAGAAAGAUAUAGCAGAGCUCGAUUCAAUUUGAAAUGGUGUAUUUAAAUCUGUCUUAUUCCAAAUGCCCACUAAAUACCAAUUUCUUUGUGAUAUAUAUUUUUAUUAUGUUUAUGUCAUAUAAUCUAAUCAUAUUGAAGCACGAAUUUGAUACCAAUGCACAUGUAUGUUAAUUUUUGUUAUAUUGACAUUUUUAUUGCUGUUCACUUUUUGUCAUCCUUAUGAUAGAUUGUUUGUAUCUUGGUAUGGAUAUUCAUAGUGUAUUAAAUACGAGAGCUUUAUAACAAUUCCUUGACUAUAAUUAACAAAUGAGGUUGCUAAUUACACUUGAAAUUCUUUCAAUUUUUCUUAUACUCUAUUUCGAAAUAUUUAUUGUAUUAUGCCUAUAAUAAUUCUGUAUAGUUUUACAAUGCCAUUUUGGGGGUACGGUAUAUCGUUUUUUCACAUUGCCUUGUUUAGUAUUUCUUUGAGCAAUCAAAUGAUUUUUUCCCGUUAAUUGUCGAUUGCAGCACAAUCCUGUAUCCCAGACUCUUCAUUAUUAAUGUCUUUCUAUAUGAAAUAAAUUGACACAACCACUGUUUUUAUUUCAGA